AAAACAUGGCGGCGUCCAAGCGGCUGUGCGCGUCAAACGCAAACAUCCCAGAUUAUGAAUAUAGCGACGUGAACACCAAGCCGUUUCACAUCGGCUCGUUCAGGGAGGAGUGGCUGAAGAGGCUGAAGCUGAAGGACUAUUCCUUCCAGCAGGAGGGCGACGGCGACGCGUUUGACGCAAACUUCGCUCGAGAGAUGGGCGUCGGUGCGGAGAUCAUGGCUGAACUCAAGUCUGUGUGCAGUCUGGAUUCACUUCGUUGCUAUCCUGAAAACCAGGAGCCAGACGCAGAUGUUGUCCCUCCAGACUCCACCCUCAAAACACUUCAACAAAGGAAAGAGAAGCAAGACUAUAAAGCCACUCUAAAAGUCACCAAGAACAGACAUGACCUUUACGCGGAUGAGCUGGAGCGUUCAACUGUUAGUAGGAAUCCUGAAGCGGUGACUGACUUCAUCCCCGAAGGAGAAGUCAUCCUAACCCUCAAUGUUUACUACCCAGCCACCUUUGAGAAAUUUCUCUACGUCAGGCCACACAUGACUCUGCUGGUGACGGGCUCCCAUCGCUUGACAGACCUCAGGGAUGCGAUCUGCUGCGUCAGCGACCUGCAAGCCUGUGGAGAGUUGAGCAACAACCCAGACGUGGCUCCAGACUUCAUCAGCAAAGAUCAUUUCAAGUCGGCCUUCUUCUUCUUUGAGGGGGUUUUCUACAAUGACAUGAGGUUUCCUGAGUGCCAGGACAUCAGCCUGACGAUCAUCGAAUGGGCGAAGGCCCGGAACUUCCCAGACUACCGCCAGGCUAAGAUGGAGGACACGCGGUUUGUGGAUCUGACGGUGAAGGUGGGGUUCCCGUACCUCUACUGUCACCAGGGCGACUGCGAGCACCUGGUCAUCAUCACAGACGUCAGACUGGCCCAUAAAGACGACUGCCUGGACAAGGAGCUCUACCCUCUGCUCAUACACAAGCAUCGGAUCCUGACACAGAAGUGUGCCGUUUGCCAUAUCUUCAUUGGCAGAUGGUUCACCACCAACGAUCACUUCGCCCCCAGUGAUCCGUGUGUCUUCUGUGACAAAUGCUUCCGGAUGCUGCACUACGACGCCGCAGGCAACAAACUGGGGGAUUUUCAGGCGUAUCCCUACGUGGACCGUGGCGCAUUUAACUGAUACAUUGCCCUGUUGAAAUGUAAUGUCUUUCUUUCAGAGGUUUUAUUUUUUUAAGCAUUGCUAUUAAGAAAAAGAUGUUUAUGUUUUGAUAUCCCAGAUUUUCUUGUUUGAAAUAAAAAGGACUUAU